AUGUCUGACGUUGAAGAAGUCCAAGAAGUCCAAGAAGUUGUUGAACAACCAACCGCUGAAGUUACCAUUGAAGAUGCUUUAAAGGUUGUCUUAAGAACUGCUUUAGUUCAUGACGGUUUGGCUAGAGGUUUGAGAGAAUCUGUUAAGGCUUUAACCAAGGGUCAAGCUCAAUUAGUUGUUUUAGUUUCCUCUGUUACUGAAGACAACAUCUUGAAGUUAGUUGAAGGUUUAGCUAACGGUGCUUCCGAAAAGGUUCCAUUAAUCAAGGUUGCUGAUGCCAAGCAAUUAGGUGAAUGGGCUGGUUUAGGUAAGGUCGACCGUGACGGUAACGUUAGAAAGGUUGUCGGUGCUUCCGUUGUUGUUGUUACCAACUGGGGUGCUGAAACUGAUGAACGUAAGAUGAUCAUGGAACACUUCUCUCAACAAUAA